AUGGCUACGACUGGGGAGUUACAACCGCCAACUUCUUCGACGUUGAACAGUUGUAUUGAUCCAAACGAUAUCGACUCGUUCAUCAACUACGACCAGCCGAUCUAUCCUUCUCCAUCCCUUUCUCCCGCUUCGGCCAGAGCGAAAACUACAGCCAACACCAGUUCUGUGUCAACCCCUGCGGCAAGUUCUGCGCCAAAUGCUCCCAGCUUUUCAUCCGCCAGCAGCAACAGCCAACAAUCCUCUUCUUCCCAAGUCUUCUUCUCGGGACCAAGCCAUGAAUAUGAUUCCUACAAACAGCAAACUGGCCUCCCACCAGGCGGCCUGGCCAACACGAUGGCUAUUAACCGGAAUAUUGGGUUGGAUUUCACGUUUGGGAACCAACAUAAUUUCGUCAUGCCAUCCGAAGCCUUUAUAAACCCCACUCAAGAGAUGGUCAACUUUGGCUCCUCGCCCCUACCGACUAUGCCGACGUUCAGGAAUUCGGGGAUUGGACUCGAUCUGGAUCCCGACACACCAACUGACCUCAUGGUUAACCCGCAGUUUACUUCCACGACAAGUAAAGCCCAGUUCGUCGAUCCCAAUGCCUUGGGUGGCCAUGAACUCUCAACACUCGCCCAACCGAGCCAAGUGGGGCGCAUGUAUCCUGGAAUGCAUCAGCAGCAAGCGGCUAUGGCGAAGGCAGCUCAGCAACAAAGGCAGCAGGAGAUCAUCCGUCAACAGCAGCAGCAACAGCAGCAACAGCAGCAACAGCAACAACAACAGCAACAACAGCCACAACAUGCCCGUCAGGCAUCGAAGCCCCAAAACAAGGCCAGUCGUCCCAGCGAUCCAGCUGUUGAGGAACGAAUUUCCCGCCUCCUGCACCAGAUGAGACAGAGCAGCGUGACCACUUCUGUUGUGCGUGAAGAAGAUUCCAAGCCCGUGAAUGUUUCGCAUAACUUAAAGCCGAAGAAGGACGAGGACGAAAUGGAUGAGGAUGAACGUCUUUUGGCUAGUGAGGAGGGGAAAAAACUCAGUAGCAAGGAGCGCCGUCAAUUGCGAAACAAGGUCUCUGCCCGUGCAUUCAGAUCCAGACGCAAGGAAUAUAUCGGCCAACUCGAAGGAGAGGUUGCUGCCAAAACUAACGAGACUAAUGAUCUACGUCUUCAGAAUCGUGCGUUGGCAGAAGAAAAUGCUCGUCUCAUGGACCUCACACGCAUGCUUCUUUCGUCUCCGCACUUCUCUUCAUUUCUUAAUGACAUGUCCAUGAACGGCCUCCCGGCUUCUCAACCAGGACAGCAGCAGCAACAGCAGCAGCAGCAGCAGCAGGCCCCAAAGGAUCCGAACCCGUCCCACGUUUCCGCUGAUAUCCAGAUGCAGAAUCAGCAAGUCGGAUUAGCCAUGGUUCCCGAGCAAUCAGUUGACUUUGCAGGAAUGGAUAUGAAUACCCCAGGCUGGAAUACCGGCAUCGACAUGAACUAUAACAACACCCCCGUCUUCGCUGUUCUGGAUGUCCCUCGAGGGCCCGAUCUCGAUAGUGCUGUUUUGUCAGGCAAAUCAUCCAACUCUGUUGGGCCCAUCUGCACAGAUGAAACUAAGGAACAGAUUCCGUCGAUCCAAAGACCACCGCCCCCAGUGGCUGAUAGUUCUACCGAGGAAGAUGAAAAGACGAGAAUGAAGUUGACUCCAGAGGUGGAAAUCGAUGAGUCGGAUCCCUCGCUAGCCCUAUUCUAUGAUCAGCCAAUGAGCAGCAGCUCUCCAGCAACGUCACCAACAACUUCUCCGACAUUUGAAGAUACGUUCGGCGGUAUCACACCGGAAAAAUUAUUUGCUCGAAUCGAUCUUGUGGUUGACGAUUAUUACAGUUCUGCGACGACGGAGGGCCAGGGAGGAUCCACCGGCUACACGGGUGUCAACUCAGCGACGAUGGUACGGUUUGAACAACUUUGCAUGAGCAUAGAAGGUGCCUACCAACGUGUUUCGUUGGUAACUGCACACCUUGAAGACACACGGGACAACGAGUGGGCAUCGUCUUAGAUGAAAAGGAGCCAAAUUUGGUUGAAACCUUUGCAAGCCGCUACUUUCCCGUUCUUCGCUAUGCCGACCGUCCUUUGUCACUUGCUGCUAAUCCCAUCCUUUUACUACUCCUGGUGUUGCUCCUUAGCGUAUUUGAUCAGAACUUUGGCCUCUUGUCACCAUCUACCGUCUUCAUUGUUUUUCCAACCAUAGUUUUAUUUUUAUUUUUUCCCCUUUUUUCCUUUGUUACUGGGCGUAUAGAAAUGGGACAUAAGCUUGCCUCGUGCGCCUCGUGUGUUUUUUCCUCUUUCCGUUUUUACAUCGCCGUUGUAUCCCGGCUACUUCUGAGGGUUUGUCUGGGAGGAGUUCAGGUUGCUGUUUUUCAAAAUUUACCUUUUAGAGAUAUUUAUAUAUACAUACACGUGUAUAUAUAUUUGUGUGUGUGGGCGAUUGCGCCUGUUCCGGUUUCCGAAUAUGUCAAGACUGUCCUCACUGGCUGUUCCCCGACCUUCAUUUGCUGAUAUAAUUUCCUAUGUCUAGGCUGUUUUUUCUUGUUGUUCUUUUUCCACUCAUCACGCUCAUCUCUUUUGUGUGUUUAUUUCAUUUGUCCUGGUUUCCAAUUUGACCUCGUAAAUAUGGAUAUAUAUAUUCACACCUUAACUCAGAUAUGGAAGAAAACUGCUCGGAAUAUAA